UAAGGGGGUAAAGGGGGGGAGGGGGAAGGGGAAGGGAGGGAUAACAGAUAGACGGAGGCUAAAGUCAAGUACAAGGCCCUUUAGUACUUAGAUCGCCACAUGUUAUGAAGACCGCGUGACUCAGCGGGGAUGCCUCCGCCCGGCGCGGGCCCCGAUAAGGUGUGUCCAGACGAGAGAGGGGUGCUUUAGGCGGAGAGAAAGUGCGCGCCAAUCGUAUGAAGCGACGUGCCGAGCGACGACGCCGCGAGGAGCACACGACCAUCAGCGAUUUGGAAAGGGGCUGGGGGGUGGCGUUGAGAUCGGCCAAUGGGGGCGCCAGCAGUGGCAAGGUCUGGGGAUUGCCCAAUGAUGCUGCAGGUGUGAAUUGGGGGUAAACGCUGGUAGACGAGCUCCAACCAUGGCCUCUGCUCCACCGGUCAGUACUCCGAUGAAAGUGAGCCGAAGCGACCGACCAGAAAACCCGUCUCCCUCUCAACUUAGAUCUUCUCUGAUCGGUGCUCUAUUACAAUGGGCGAUACUGUACCCAUCUGCGCACGGUACCGUAGGGAAAGGAAUACGAGGUCUGAGAGCCGAUAGAUUGGACGAGGGUCGGCCAGCAUGUGUGCAUAAUUGAAAAAGUAGAUGCGAAGGUGAUCUGUUUGAUGGCCACUGCAUCCCAAGAUACCUGUCUACGGCCCGUUUGCGCAGAAGUAUAUGUUCA